AUGAACAGUAAUGAGAUCUAAAACAGAUCUAGGUUAUUUCUCUUCUUCAUUUCUUUCCUUAUCUCUUCUAUUUUCUGGUUACGAGUUAACAUUUGGUGCUCUCGUUGAGAGCAGGUGAUGAAGCCCUCUACUACCGACAGCCGUUCCGGUACAUCGGAACUCGAGAACAUAGUUGUUGAAGAAACCCCUCAACCAAAGACGAUGGAACAGCGAGAGGCUCGCCGAGAUCGUGAGAUGCAACAGAUGAGAGAGGCGUUACACUCUGUGCAGACCAUGCUUCAAAGUCUAACCAUGGGAGAUCCUAGAUCUACUCCUCUUGUGGGUUACGAAACGCCUCCAAUAGCCUCGCCUCAGCAACAAACACCCAUCCCUGCUUCAACCAGUGUCGAAACCAGUCACUUGGAGAAAGGGGUUUCGGCACCGCCGUGUGUUUCUGAGGCACUGCUACCACCGCCGCCUCAGUUUCAGAGAUUUGAGCCGUCUCAGUCGCGAUUUGACUCUACUCAGCCAUGUUUUGCGUUCGACUCUUCGAAGGCAUUAACCCAGACGAUUGGAUUUUCAGAGUAGAGAAAUGUUUUAGCACUAACCAUACACCGGAGUUUGAGAAGGUAGAUCAAGCUGUGCAUUGCCUUACUAGAGCCGCAGUGACAUUGAUCUAAGGUCAAAUACCGGAUCAAAUACGGUAAUCAUCAUAGCAUUUUAGAAACAAAUUUCAAUUUUAAAAACAUACCAUGUAUACAGUUUUGAAAAUCUCAAAUAUAAUGAAAAUAAGAACAAAUAAGGCCACUUCCAGUACAGGCUUGAACGUAAGAAAAGUUUUAUUAAAUGGAAGGGAAAAAAAGAGCAUUGAGUAAAAAAACAGCAUUGACUUAAUUUUACGAAGUCGACCACGUUCAUCUCCGUAGAAAAGGCAGUUGACCGUGGACGACUGCUCACAGUGGCGGACCCAGGAUUUUAUUUUAUCCAGAUCAAAACACAGCUUGAAAAAAAAAUCAUUUUUAAUAACUAAAAAGAAUCCA